CCGAGAACCAAUAGGACUGAGCGACUGUGCGACGUGGCCAGGGGCCUUUCGACCAAUGGCGCUUCAGUGGAAAAAAAGCACUAAAUUUGUAUUUUCGCGUGCACCAGCUUCUGCUCCAUCCGGCGGUUAAGCUGCUGAAGAUGAUGGAUGCUCUGUCAAUUGUGAGUCAACUGCGGGACUUGGCGUCUGAGCCGAUGAACCGAGAGGCUAUAGUCCAAGACCAGGGCUGUCUUCCCGGACUAGUUCUCUUUCUGGACCACGAAGACCCAGAGGUGGUGUUUGCCACGCUGCAGACCCUGCACUACUUGGCCAAGUUGCCCCCCAACAUCACCACCAUGAAGAAUGAACUGGGUAUGAUGGUGAGCCUGGAGAAUCUGAUGGAGAGGUCGGGUGUGUCUGUUAACAUCACUGCACUGGCCAAGGAGGUGUAUGGCGUUCUGAAUGCACCGGUCAGCCGUGUGCCCCACACCCCUGUGAGGGGGAUGGGGAAGAAGUCCCAGUUCUUCAUUAACACCUCCAACAAGAAGGCCAAGUCUGUCACCCUCCACAUCCAGGGGCUUGAUAGCACAGACCAGCGAGGCUUGUGUGAGGAAGCUCUUCUCAAGGUCAAAGGAGUGAUCAGCUUCACCUUCCAGAUGGCCUCCAAGAGAUGCACCGUCCGUAUCCGCUCAGACCUGCCCACCGAGAGUCUGGCAUCAGCCAUUGCUGCCACCAAGGUGCUGUCAGCUCAGCAGGUGGUGAGAAAUGAGGCAGGAGAAGAGGUUCUCUUGGCUCUGAAACCUUGUGAAGUGGAGGUGCAGCAGAACACAGCCCUACCAGACUACCUGCCAGAGGAAGAGGUGAGCCCAGAGAGGGUGGAAGACCGUGCCAUCUCCCGCACCACGGCCAAAGACGAUUCCAGUGGCAGCUGGCUCAGCUCUGCUGCCACUUUUCUCACCAAAACCUUCUACUGGUGAAAGUGAAUUCUCAAGACCCAGGGUGAGCAGAAUUGUGCUGAUCGACACAUCAUGUCAUUUCAGUGGACAUGACUAGCACUCAGCACAUGGCUCGGUGUACGAUCUGCUCUGCUUUCUGCGUAGAACUGAGACAAAGUUCUGACUGUGGUAUUAUAGAAUGCAGUUUUCUAUCCAGUGUCACUAGGGAAUGUAGAUAGUUUGUCAACGUUUUCCAUAUUUCUAAUCUUCUCAUGCUCUGUAUACUUUGCCUCAGAUCUUCACUACUUUCCUCAACAGAUGUAACUAUAUUUGAAUGUCUGAAUGCUCUCCUGUAGUAUUCAAGUUUCUGAAAUAAAUCUAAAAAUAUUUCUAUACUUUCAGUGUG